AUGGAAAAUAUUUAAAUGUUAUAAUGUUGAAAAAAAUUUCAUAAAAACCCUUUGAACCCAUAAAAAUUAUUUUCCCUUCGAAAACCGAUCCAGCUUUUCAAUUCAAAACCUUCUAAUAGCCAAUAUACCAGCGCCACAUCUUCGCCAUCAUGCAUACCUUGUUUACCGAUCAGAAUUCCUUUUCGCGACACUAUGCACAGACUGCAGGGUAUCCCUCAUCGGCGGCCGCCGCAGCAACAGCAGCCGCCGGGGCCAUGUCUACCGCUUCAGCUGCAGCAGCCGCCCAUUAUGCCUAUGAUCAGUACUCACGUUAUUCCUAUCCUGCCUCAGCCUAUGGUCUAGGGGCUCCUCAUCAAAAUAAGGAAAUCGUAAAGCCACCCUACUCCUACAUAGCCCUCAUAGCAAUGGCCAUACAGAAUUCCGCCGACAAGAAGGUAACCCUCAAUGGCAUCUAUCAAUACAUCAUGGAGAGAUUCCCCUACUAUCGUGAUAAUAAACAAGGUUGGCAAAAUUCCAUACGCCAUAAUUUGAGCCUGAAUGAGUGCUUUGUCAAGGUGGCUCGGGAUGAUAAGAAACCCGGCAAGGGAUCCUAUUGGACUUUGGACCCCGAUUCUUACAACAUGUUUGACAAUGGGUCAUUUCUACGUCGUCGCAGACGCUUUAAGAAAAAGGAUGUCUUGCGAGAGAAGGAGGAGGCCAUGAAGCGCCAGGCCAUGAUGAAUGAGAAGUUGGCCGAAAUCAAGCCUUUGAAGUUAAUGACUGCCAAUGGCAUUAUUGAUGCCAAGCACAUGGCCCAUGCCCAUGCUCAUGUGGCUCAUGCCGCCCACCAUGCUCAUCAUGCGGCCCAUCACUUCAAAAAGGAACCUUUAGGCAUGGAUUUGGGUUGUCUCACCGGCAAAGAUAGCAUGACGGCCGCUGGUUUAAGCGUUCUCAACUCUUGCCACGACAGUUUGGCACAAAUGAAUCAUUUGACUGCUGCUGGAGCAGUGGAUCAUCCAGGCUUUACCGUAGACUCGCUAAUGAAUGUCUAUAAUCCCCGCCUUCAUCACAGCGCCUAUCCCUAUGCCCACCAUGCCUUAAACGAUGAGAAUCUCAGUGUGGCUGCCUCAACACAAAUGCAUGCUCAUCAUGCCGCCGCUGCCCACCAUGCCCAGCAGUUGAGGCAUCAUCAUCAUGUGCCGCAUGGCCAUCCCCUUACUCCAGGAGGGGCCAGUCAUAAUGGGGUGCAAUUGGGGGGCAUAAGUUCGGGCACAACCACUACUUCAUCAGGCAAUUCUCCCACCGCUAUAUCAACACCACAUGGACCAGCCCAUGGUGGUUGGUACACGCCCGAGACGCCACCUUCAGAGCCCAUCAAUACCUCUGUAAACAAUACACCCUCAAACGGCAACAGCAGUAAUAACAACAAUCACCUGCAUUCCUCGAACAAUGGUGGCCACAGUCAAAAUAAUGGCCAUUCUGUGGUGACCAGCAGCCCCAAUUCGGUGAUCAGUGGUGGCCUGGUACCCGGGCAUACUUCUUUGGGUUUUCGCGACAUGAUUUUUGAGCAAAAUCAAGUGUGCCACAUGGACACUGGCAGUCCGGCGGGUAGCAUACAAUCGGCCAGUCCUCCAGCGCCGCCGGUUUCCAGUGCUGUAUCAUCAAAUGCCGCUGCUGCCGCUUUAAUCAGUUCACAUCACCAUCAUCAUCACCACCAUUUAAGUGGGAAUUUGGGAAAUCUCAGUAAUCUAAGCAAUCUCUCGCACUACCGAUCACAUGUGGGUCAUUAUCAGGAUUAUGGCAUUAAAUAUGGAGUUUAA